AAAAGACACAUGUAAUAUAUAUUUAGUGUUAGACACAGAAGCCCAUCUCCCUCUCUUUCUUUCUCUCUCUAAUGUACACACAACCCAUAAAGCAAGGUGAUACAUACAUAGAACGUCCUCAAAAACCAGCAAACAAUUCAUUUUACUCUGCUUUUGAAACCAGUUUCGAGAGAAAACUGUUUACUCCUUUUCCUUCUUAUACUGAAGAGAUACUAUUCAUUUUCCUUCUUCUUCAGUUUCAUCCAUGGAUACUGCUAAAUGGCCACAGGAGAUUGUGGUGAAACCGAUAGAAGAGAUAGUCACAAAUACAUGUCCAAAGCCUGCAGCUUUAGAGAGGAAGGCAAGGCCUCAAAAGGAACAAGCUUUGAAUUGUCCCAGGUGCAAUUCCACUAACACCAAGUUCUGCUACUACAACAACUACAGUCUCACACAGCCUAGGUACUUCUGCAAAACUUGUAGAAGGUACUGGACUGAAGGUGGUUCCCUCAGAAAUAUUCCUGUUGGAGGUGGUUCAAGAAAGAACAAGAGAUCAGCUUCUUCGUCUUCAUCAUCAUCAUCAUCAUCAUCCAAAAAGCUUCCUGAUCUGGUUACACCACCAAGCUUGUCACAGUCUUCUACUCAAAACCCUAAGAUCCAGGACGGCCAAGAUCUCAACCUAGCUUUCCCAGCCAGUCAAGGUUACAGAAGUAUGUCUGAAUUGGUUCAAGUUCCCAAUAGCGUAGAGAACAAUAAGAGCCAAAUUCCUUCUUCCUCAUCCCCUACAUCUCAACUUUCAGCUUUGGAGUUGCUAACCGGAAUCUCUUCUAGGGGGUUGAAUUCUUUCCUUCCCAUGUCAGUUCCAGAUCCAAACACAGUUUAUACAUCUGGGUUUCCUAUGCAAGAAUUUAAACCAACGCUAAAUUUCUCUCUGGAUGGGCUUGGGAGUGGUUAUGGGAGUCUCCAAGGAGUUCAAGAGACAACGGGGAGGCUUUUGUUUCCAUUUGAAGAUCUAAAGCAAGUCUCAAGCACAACUGAAAUUGAGCAAAAUAAAGAGCAAGGAGAUUCAGCUGGAUAUUGGACUGGAAUGUUAGGUGGAGGAUCAUGGUAAAGAAGAUGAAAAGUAAUAUGGGUCUUUUCUUUUUUUUUCUCUUUCUUUUUCUUUCCCCUGGGUUUUCUUUUUAACUUUUUAUUAAUUUGUUAAGGUGGGUGACUUGUUUGGAUUUCUUCAUUACUAACAGAUAGGAAUACAUGGGUUUCUUUCUCCCUAUAAUCCUUCUUUUUUCUCCUUAAUUGUCUCCAUUUACUAUUUAAUUUUGGUGGGAAUUUGAAGCUUUUUUUUUAGGUUGGCUUCACUAAGGGUGACAUGGGAUAUACUGUGUUAUGGUAGAAGAAGAUAUCAAGCUAAGCCCAGAAGUUUUUUAGGGUAACAUGUAGGAGAGAGAGGCAUGCCCUACGCCCUUUAUUACAGGUUGAUAUUCUCCUACCUAGAGAGCAGAAAGGCAACCCUAUACGUCAUUGGUUGGCUUGGUACAAGUACAAAAAAAAAAUAAUGUAUAUUGUUCAAGUUUGUAAGGAAUUAAUUCCUGGUUGGAAAUUAAAGACUGUUCAUUAGUUUCUAAUGUCGAUCUAGCAAACAAAUUGUUGUUGUUAAUAAUCUUGAAUCUCCAAUUGAUUCCAUGAAUGGGAACUUUAAAUUCUCUCCAUCUCUUCUUUUCUAUUGUAGACAGGCUUUCAGAUUAUAUGUACUGAAACAUAAGAGGCUUUCAGAAUAUGGCAUCAUCACCAAAGAGAUACAUUCAAUCCAGAAAACAAACCCUUUUUGCGGCUUUAUCCGUGAAAGCAAGUGGAGGGGGGAGCUUAGAGAGGAGAAGUGCCAGCUGUAGACCCAGCUUGCCUCAAUCCGAAAGCUCACCUACUGGUUUUCUAUAUCCAAACAGUUUUGAAGACUCCCGCACAAGAAGCCCCAUUUGCCAUGUGAGUGAUCAUUGCUUCCAUGCCACCCUCUCUUUACCCUUUUUCUAAUUGAAGGAUUGAGAAAGAUCUGACGGAGCCUCCUUUCUUUGGUCUCGAAGGGGGACCCACAAACAUUCCCCUCGACAAGUGUGCUGAAAGAAUAAUACACCCCACUAUGGUUGAUCAAUCCGGAUCUAGACCCCUUUAUUAAUUUGUUAGUUCAAUUUUGUUCUUUGCUGUAAGCCACUUAGUGUGCAUAAUAUCUGGCAAAUGGCAAAUGUCUUAAGGCUCUCUAUCAUGGAAGUCUUUUUCCCCUCUGCCAA